GACCACACUGCAGGUUCAGACCUAACUGAGACUAUACCAUGCCUUCUGUCCAAACGUGGGAAUGUUAUAGUUGGUGAGGAAAUGUCCCAUGUACAGGAUGAGGUGGGGAAGCUGCAGCAGCAUCUGUCCCUACUGCGCGAACAGUACGUGAAGCUGCAGGAAAGAUACACAGCACUAGAGCAGCAGCAUGCCAUCGUCACGGCAGGCACUCAGGUCUCGGAAGGGGAGGACUCCUUUGUCACGAGGCUCUUGCGGUUCGUGGCAGAUUUGUACGACAAGGAAAAGUACAGCGACAUGUCGGUACACCUUGGAACCAGGACCAUAAGAGCCCAUCGUUUUGUUCUGGCAGCGCGUAGUGACAACUGGGGGGUAUCGUCCCUCGCAGACGUUGAUGCACUAGAUUGGAGUUCACUGGACGAAGAGGUUGGUGAGGCUGUUUUGCGAUGGGUGUACACAGACCACGUCAGUCUCCUCAAUGAGCAUGACUUCACACUCAGUCUCAUGAGGGCAGCAGCAUGUUUCUCUUUAAAUCCUUUGAUGAAAAGAUGUGAAAAGGCACUCAUGGGUUGGGUCACAGUGAGAAACUGUGUUCGACUCUACACCACAGCAGAUGAGAUUGGUGCGCAGACAUUGAGGGAUCAUUGUUCAACACUGAUAUCCACACAUUGGAAUGACUUCACCCCCGAUGACUUUUCACACAUGUCGGCUCCUUUGCUUAUGCCAUGUUAAUACGAGCACCUUGCAUGCGGCCAUCAGACUGCAGAGAGAAGACGUGGUUUUCUUGUACCUCAUCGAGUUCGACUCUCAGCUGCCGGGCGUGCUGGACGAGGCCGACGAGAGCGGCGACAUGGCCCUGGACCUGGCGCUGCUGGGGCGGCAGCACAGCAUCGCCGACACGCUCCUGAAGCACGGCGCCUCCGUCACCACCACCGACCCCACGGGCGCCUCGCUCCUGCACAGGGCCGUCAGGAGGGGAGAUGAAUUCUCUGCUUCGUUCCUGAUGAACCAUGGCUGCUCGGUGAAUGUAGCGACCCCUGGAGACGGCAGGACCCCACUGCACACCCUGGUCAGCCAAAACUAUAUCGACCAGCAGACCCGGGAGGACAUGGUCAAGGUGGCUCAGACCAUGAUAGAAAAGGGUGCAGAUCCCAACAUUCAGGACAAGGAUAUGAAGACUGUGCUGCACCUGACCGUGGAGGGCGAGCGAGAGGAAAUCUUCCGUGUCCUGAUUGAGCACGACAACCUGCGUCUGGAGCUACGGGACAAGGCAGGGUACCCUGUGCUGUGGUACUCCCUGAAGACAGGCACGGAGUUUGGGGAGACCUCCUACGCUGCGCAGCUCAUCAAGAAGGGAGCCUCGCCAGACGCGGUGAUUGGUUCAAGUGGGGAGUCCCUGUUACACUUGGUAGCACGAGACGGCAUGGAAGAAGCCGGUCUGUUCCUCACGACCCAGGGUGCCAGCUGUAAUGUUGUGAAUGCCGAUGGGGAGACUCCACUCCAUGUCUCCUGCACUGUUGGUCUUCCCUCGCUCACAACUGCUUUACUACAGAUCGGAGCAAAUCCAAAUCUCCAGACGUAUUCCUCUUCACCGGCUGGCACCCCAAUCGACGCCAACGACCCAUUUGCGGAGGACGCUGAGGAGUCUCCCCCCUCCAGCUUAACCUUCCGUGAAACCCCCUUGCACCGAGCCAUCAAGAAUAAGAAUGAGGAUGACAUUAGGGCAGUUUUAGAUCAUAAAGAAUACUGUGAGAGCAACAAAGUGGACUCAAUAGUGAUGCCUGACUUGAACCUGCGCGACUCAGAUGACUUGACGCCCCUUGGUGUGGCUCUGGGAACAGGCCAGAUUAAUGUGGCAAAACAGCUGCUUGAGGCUGGGGCUGACAUCAACACGACCGACUCCCAGGGGUAUGGCCUUCUCCACAUGGCCAUUCAAGUCAAGGAAGUACAAGUGGCCACCUUCCUCAUCAAUAAUGGUGCUGAUGUCAACCUGAGGACUCGUGAUGGAGAGUCUCCACUGCAGCUCUGCAUCAGCGAGAGCCUCAGCGCUGUAGUCGGACUUCUGUGUGGUAAAGGAGCAGACCACAAUUCGCACCCCAACUCCCCUGAACCUCCACUGUGGCAGGCUCUGGACUCAAAGCAAGAGGACAUUGCCUCCACACUAGUACAGUACCAUGUUGACACAGAUGGCUGGGCUGAGGGUCCAGAGGGAUGCCUGCAAACUCUGCUACACAAGGCUAUAGAUGAGAACCGAGAAGACAUUGCUUGUUUCUUGGUGAGAAGCGGAUGCGAUGUCAACGCGGUGAGGAAGCCAGGGCCAGGCGGUGGUGGUGGUGACGCAGCGACCGAUCAGAUGACCCCACUGCACCUCUGUUGCUCUUGGGGGUUAGAGAAUACUGUGCAGACUCUGCUCGAGCACGGUGCGAAAGUUAAUGCGCGGGACGCUGAGAAUAAGACUCCUUUGCACCAUGCCAUUGAAAACGGUCACAAUCCCAUCAUUUCCCUGCUGCUGUCCCAUCCUGCUUUGGAUCUUUCGCUGCGAGACAAAUCUGGCAUCACACCGUUCGCUGCUGCCAUGUCAAGAAAGAACAACAAGGCUGCGCAGGCUAUUCUAAGCCGUGAGCCUAAGGCUGCAGAACAGUACGAUCACAAGGGCCACAAUUUCUUGCACGUAGCCAUUCAGAAGAAGGACAUGGAAAGUGUACUCUUCCUCCUGAGUAUUCACGUUGACAUGCACACCAGGACACAAGACCAGUUGUCUCUCACACCCCUGCAUCUGGCUACACUCUCAGGGUCAGAGAUGAUUGUUAGAAAUCUUUUACUGGCUGGAGGGGGAGCAAUCAAUGAGUUAACACCACAGAAGCAGACAGUUCUUCACCUGGCUGCGGCAAAUGACCAUCCCCAUCUUGUCUCCAUCUUCUUAGAGAAUGGAGUCCGUUUUGAUGCAGUAGAUGACAAUCACAACAAUGCCCUCCAUGUGGCAGUCAAGGAAGGCCAUCUGUCUGUUGUGAGAGUGCUGUUAACUGAAUCAAGAAUCAACGCAGAGGCAGUGAACCUCCGCGGUCAGAACCCCCUCCAUGUCCUUGCCAAUUACCCGAAAGACAAUGCAGCAGCCAUAGCGGAAAUGUUCUUGGAGACUAUGCCAGACUAUGAUCUCAAUAGGGUAGAUGUAGAGGGAAACUCCGCUCUUUUACUGGCUUACAUGCGAGGUGCAGGUCAGCUGUGCCGAGUAUUAGUACGGUCCGGAGCAUGCCUGGGCUCGACAAAUAAGCAUGGUGUAAACAUAUUCAAUUAUCAGGUGCCAACCAAAGCACUGCUGUUUAGACUCCUGGAUGUGCUAUCAGCCGAGCCUCCAUGGAGCGAAGGAGAACUCUGCAUGGAGUGCGGGACCAAGUUUGGCCUGGCCACGAGGAAGCACCAUUGCCGACAUUGCGGUCGACUCCUUUGCAGCAAAUGCUCGGAUAAGGAUGUGCCCAUCCUCAAAUUUUCGCUGAACAAGCCUGUUCGAGUAUGUCAGACCUGUUUUGAUGUACUUACUCUAGGACCAGCAGCUAUUUCGUAGUAGAUGUUUUAGGAUAAGUGAAGAAGUCAAGUCCAUUCAUAGCGAGAAUAUUUUCUUUUUCUUUUUCUAUACAUUUGAUAACCAGUUUAUUACAGUUAACCCUAAGACUUAUAAUGAUGGUGCCACUAUGUGAUUUAAGUGACAGAAGUGUAUCAUGUGAUCAAGCUAAACUUUUCACUUCAAGUCCAUGCUGUACUUCCUACUUAGGCAAAUACUCACUGCCAAUUAUACGUUUGAGGAAAUCUUUACUUGGGAAUCAUAUGAUUUUCUUGCAAACACAUCUGGAUGAAAUUGGAAGAGAGGCUGCUCUUUAUAGAAGAGUUGCUCAAAAUUUUGAACAUGAUUAAUACUUUUUGAAGGGUAUUAAAGGGUAUGUUGAAAUGUAUAGGUGUUUGGUCAGCGCAUCCAAAAAUAUUUUGCUUGGAGGAAAGUGAGUGAAAUAGUUCCCAGGUGAAGGGAAGCUAUGAUCUUGGUUAGAAGAUAUGAUAAAGUUUUGUAAACCUUUUUAAGAUGGAAAGAACUUCACUUGCAAAAGGGGGGAAAUUUUGUUGGUCAAAUUGUAAGUUUCCUGUGAUUUUUUCCCCCCCAUGCUAGAGGAGGUUUUAGUUCCUGUACAGUGAUUUUAUGUAAUAUUUCUUUGUUGAAGAGAAACAAUGGAGCUAAUGAGUAUUUAAAGAAAAAAUCUCAUUUCAUUGUUUUUUAUUUAUUUUUAUUAUUAUUAUUUUAGAUAUACUCAGUUAUGCUCACAAAUAUGGCAUAUAGAAGCAUAAUGGCAAACUUGCCACUCCCACAGAAAGCAUUGUUUCACUCAAAGUACUGUUUCUGGUAUUUGUGGAUAAGUCCGCAGUGUAAAAUCACAUGAGCUGUGCUCCUGUGUUGUUGCACCACAACAGUAAACUUGCCUUUGGCCUGCUGGCUAGUCCCAGAGUGGGGUAUAUCCUGGCCAGUGAGCAAAUUUAACAACUAUUGAGUGUCUCUCCCUCACACCCUCUCAGAUCAUCAACCACUGUUGUUAAAAUCACCAAGCGUUGCAUUACAUGAGCAAACUGUGCUGUUUAAUGACACUUGUGCCAUUUAAAUAAAAUGAUUCUUCUGAAUUCUGUUAUACCAGUUUCAUAAAUGUGAUUGUGUAAUGCACCCUUAUUACCACUGUCAUCCACAUCCACAGUUAUUUUCAACAAUGCAUUAGUUGUUGAAACUGGUGAAUGUUUAGUGAAGUGCAGUUUUUAUGGAGAGGAAACUUUAAGAGUUUGCCCUUGUGGUUUUAUAUGCUUCAGAAAAUGUGUACAGGUUUGUCCAUUGUGUAUUUUCAUACUCAGGUACACAGGCUACUGGAAGGAGAAACAGACACAAGUGUUACUGACUCAGAUACAUCACACGGACACUGACUAAAUACACUGAUAAAUUUAGCUCACUGAAGUCAGUUUUAGAUUCUUUUCAAUAUAAUUUCAGUUUAAAGAAACAAACAUGCUCAACUGUUUUUAUAGACCUUGUGUGUACCUUAGCGUUUGGAAAUAAUUAUUUAACUUAACAGAGUUGGAAGGAAUAAAGUGGGAAGGAAACCAUAAUGAUAUUGUAAAAUUCCAUAGCCAGAAAAUGGCUAUUCUGUGAGGCCAAUGUUAGACUAGUACCAAAAACUAGUAGGUAAGGUAUAUUGUAUAUGUUCACAUAUAUAUAUAUUCUGUAUAUAUGUCUAGGCUUUUUAUGGUUGGCAAGGUGGAAGGUCUAUUUCAUAUUCAAAA